AUGAGCAGGGUGGACGAAAUCUAUCACGACGAGUCCCUGGGCGUUCACAUCAACAUCGUGCUGGUCAGGAUGAUCAUGGUGGGGUACCGGCAGUCGGUCAGCCUGAUAGAGCGAGGGAACCCGUCCCGGAGCCUGGAGCAGGUGUGUCGCUGGGCCCACUCGCAGCAGCGCUCGGACCCGGAGCACGCCGAGCACCACGACCACGCCGUCUUCCUCACCAGGCAAGAUUUUGGCCCCGCAGGUAUGCAAGGCUACGCUCCGGUGACGGGGAUGUGCCACCCUCUCCGCAGCUGCACCCUCAACCACGAGGACGGAUUCUCCUCGGCGUUUGUGGUGGCCCACGAGACGGGGCACGUGUUGGGCAUGGAGCACGACGGGCAGGGCAACCGCUGCGCCGACGAGACCAGCAUGGGGAGCAUCAUGGCCCCGCUGGUCCAGGCCGCCUUCCACCGCUACCACUGGUCCCGCUGCAGCAAACAGGAGCUCAACCGCUACAUCCACUCCUACGACUGCCUCCUGGACGACCCCUUUGAGCACCAGUGGCCCACGCUGCCCGAGCUACCGGGCAUCAACUACUCCAUGGACGAGCAGUGCCGCUUCGACUUCGGCGUGGGCUACAAGACGUGCACGGCGUUCCGCACCUUCGACCCCUGCAAGCAGCUGUGGUGCAGCCACCCGGACAACCCCUACUUCUGCAAGACCAAGAAGGGGCCACCCUUGGACGGGACAGAGUGCUCUCCGGGCAAGUGGUGCUUCAAGGGCCACUGCAUCUGGAAGACGUCGGAGCAGCCUUACAGUCAGGAUGGCAGCUGGAGCUCCUGGUCCAAGUUCGGCUCGUGCUCCAGGACCUGCGGGGGAGGUGUGCGAUCCCGCAGCCGGAGCUGCGACAACCCGCCCCCGGCCUACGGUGGGCGCCACUGCCCGGGAGCCACCUAUGAGUACCAGGUGUGCAACGCCGAGGAGUGCCCGGGGCCCUACCAGGACUUCCGUGCCCAGCAGUGCUCCAAGCGCAACUCCUACUACACCCACCAGAACAGCAAACAUUCCUGGCUCCCCUACGAGCACCACGAUGAUGCUCAGAAGUGUGAGCUGAUCUGCCAGUCUGAGGGCACGGGGGACGUGGUGUUCAUGAACCAGGUCGUCCACGACGGGACCCGGUGCAGCUACCGAGACCCCUACAGCAUCUGCGUCCGGGGCGAGUGCGUGCACGUGGGCUGUGACAAGGAGGUUGGCUCCCUGAAGCAGGAUGACAAGUGUGGGGUCUGUGGGGGGGACAAUUCCCACUGCCGGACAGUGAAGGGCACACUGGCCAAGACCCCCAAGCAGCCAGGUGUUUUGAAGAUGUUUGAGAUUCCAGCUGGAGCCAGGCACCUUCAGAUAGAAGAGGUGGAGCCGGCAUCCCACAGCAUCACUGUUAAGAAUCAAGCCACGGGCAACUUCAUUCUGAAUGCCAAGGGCAAAGAAGCCAAAAGCCAAGUGUUCAUUGAGAUGGGCUUGGAGUGGGAAUACACCGUUGAGCACGGCAAAGAGAGCCUGAAAACCAGCGGUCCCCUGCACGAGGCCAUCAGUGUUUUGGUCAUCCCUCAGGAGGAGGAGACGAGGAGCAGCCUGAUGUACAGGUACAUCAUCCACGAGGACCUGCUGCCCAUGAUCGGAAACAACAACGUCCUGCUCGAGGAGAUGGAUUCCUACGAGUGGGCCCUCAAGAGCUGGUCCCAGUGCUCCAAGGCGUGUGGAGGAGGCAUCCAGUACACCAAGUACGGCUGCCGUCGGAAAAGCGACAACCGGAUGGUGCACAGAAACUUCUGUGACAACGGCAAGAAGCCCAAGCCGAUCCGGCGGCGCUGCAACCUCCAGGAGUGCUCCCAGCCCACGUAA